AUGUUUCAUGAUUACUACAUUGAAUAUGCAAUAUUCUUCGAGUAUAUCACUAUAGCGUUGGCGAAAAAGCCUGUGAUACUAAUCGACAACUACACCUUCGCUCAGACCACCAAUGAUAAGCGGUAUUGGAACUGCAGUUACCUCACGAAAAAAUAUCUUCGUAGACUUCCGAAGGUGACUAAUCAGACUGUUUACGAAGACAUUCAGAUACUGGGCUCCACGCGGACGUUCAACCUACCCUAUGAAGAGGAAUUGUAUAACAAGGUGAAGCUUGAGAAGGAGCCUAAACCAGAUCUGUCCUACAAGUUCAUCAAAGUGAUCAACGUGAAAAGGCAAAUGCUUCUCCUCGGCAACCACACGUUUGCGCAAACCACCUCCGACCGAAGGUAUUGGAACUGCAGCAGUAAGUCACGCAAGCAUUGUACAGCCAAACUGCGCUUUGAUCUGAAGGGAAAUAUCGUCUAUUACAAUCUACGUCACAAUCACUUGCCUCCGCGUUUCUUAAGGAGGCCUGAUGGAGAGUAUGCUAAGGUUAAAAAUUAAGUAGCGUGACGUUUUGCCGUACUGCUUCUUGUUGUGAUUGACUCACGCGCGUGUCUCUUGGUUGUGCGUCGUCGUUUCUGUAUGCGUGUGAAAACGCGCGCGCGCGACUGUCCGCACGCACACUAACGAAGUACACGUAUACCUACACGUAUACGUGUACGUAUACGUCCCCGUAACCACAAGUAUAGAGCCCGGCAAACAACUCUUCUGGCUGAAAUGCAUGGAAAGCAGUAAGUUUUAAGGAAAUAUUUAGGUAUUUAAGUUUCAUUUGUUUGUAUUAGUAUUUGUAUUUAAUUAUUCAUUCAUAUUCAUCCUGAAUCACUUCCCUUCAUUUGAAAACGCAACACUUGCAAAAUAACUGUUCCGAGAAACUGCACUUUUCCUUAGCACAGCUAAAAUUUUCAUGCAAGUACCGCCAAAAUCCUUAGCAAAAAGAUACUUAAAUGAAAAUUUUCCUGAAAAUUAUUUUUUGCCGUAUCAAAAGCUCCUUGGGAGUCCAUUUUUUCUAAAAGAGUGAAAAAUUCAAAAGUGUCGAUUAAUGCCUAAGGUUAACGCGCGUGAAUGAAUUACAAGAAAUAAAUUAAGUAGUAUUUAGUUGUACUAUAUUAAUAGAACUAUCUAGGAGGUUUUAUGUUUGAGUGAUGGGUUGGGCCAAAAAACUUUGGAGUUUUCUGUCAAGUUGUUCUUAGUAUUGCCCGGCAAACAACUUGGACCUGAAGAGGUGUAGUGGGAGAAAGUUGGCGAAUCCGGAAAGCGAAAGUCGAUGUGUCAACCAAUCGCGUGCACCCGCGUGCAUUCGCCAGCCAAUCGCGUCAAUGCUCAAGUUGCUUGCCGGGUACUGUAGCAGACUGAAUUUGGCGGACGCUACGCCUGAUAUCUCUCCGGUCGUGUCUGAAGGAUUGGCCAAUGAGAUUGAGGGAAUAGGUAUAGUUUACCUGUACAUGUGCACUAUCAUAUGCCCUGCGUGUGCUCGCUUAUUUCUGUCGAGAUGCUGCCAUACCUAGCGGAAAUUCCAUCAGGAAAACUAUACUUGUACCUAGUAUUUCUAGUUUUCUAGUCAAUAAUAAUUGUAAUAUUUUUUCUAUUCUAUCCAUCCAUUGGCUAUUUUAAGAUGACAUCCGCGACAUCGUCUGCUCAUAACUCACGUUUUUUUAAAUCCCGUGGGUUAAAUUAUUAGCAUCGUAAAUUUUUUAUAAUUUUCCGGGAUACAAAGUAACCUACAUGUCCGUCCCUGGGAUGCAAGCUAUCUCUAUACCAAAUAACGUCAACAUCGGUUUAGCGGAUUGACUUUCGCAUGUCAUAAUAUUACUUAAAACUUAUUAUACCUAUUAUUUUAUCCUGUGGUAUUUCGCGUCGAUACUCCUUCACAUGAAUAUUAUUAUGUAUGAUUUUAAACAAUUUAUUAAUACCUACUGUAAAUCAACAAUUUAAUGCUCUAUUCUUGCAAAUAUUGUUUAACAGAUUAAUUACUUAUAAACGAAUUAUAAAAAUAAUAUGAUUCCUAAUCUUAUUAAGUAUGAGUACCUACGUAGGUAUAAUAUAAAUUAUGUCCGUCUUACUGUUCGUUAUCUAUGCGUUUGCAUAUCAUUCAUUUAAUUGAGUUGAAAAGUACAGUUGUUGUUGGCACUUGUAUUCACUUGUACACACUUCAACGUCCUCAUUGUAACGCAUGUCAGGCAUUAUCUAGUUAUUAUUAUAAAAAUGACCCAGAAACACGUAUAAUAUCCCACUCAAGCUAAAAAAGCGGGGAAAAAGAACUCUUAACCAGUGCAGUGGGGGAUUUGUUGAUAGAUUUCGAGAUGAGGUGCGAAAGUGGCGGUGUUUGUGCGGCUGCCCUAUUGUUCGUCAGUCAACCUUUGCUGCCCGCGUUGUAGGAAUGUACAGUACCCAUGCGCAGACACGUCCCCUCCACUGUCGUCCAGAACUCUUUUUACCGGGUGGAGGCACCACAGAUCACUUAAAUAAAUAAGUGAGCGAAAUAGGCACCUACCUACACCAUGCGACGCGUAUAGACUUUAAACCUUCUUGUCGUUGAGUUGGGACGUUGCAAAUGUGUUUCUACCCUAAAUGUGUGAUCAUGUCUGUAUUUUUAAUAAAAAAAAAUAUAAAUAUCUUAAUAAAUAGUUUUAAAACUAGUCCGUUUUAGUU